CAACUAAGUCUCGGCUGGGAUCUCUCUCUCAAUGUUGGGUUCUGGUUUGCAAUGGAAAGGACUAGCGGCGAUGUGGGCAGUCUCGAAUCAUCGCUGCUUCAAAUCGUUCACGAUCACCAACAGAGAUCUUCUGGAAUCAGAGAACGAACUGACAAAGCGAAGAAGGAUGCUCUAAGAACUGCUGUUCGUGUGUCUGAACUUCUUGUGGACAGUGUUAACGGAGGAGUGGAAGAAGUAUUUAUUAACGAGAAACGUAUUGAGCUUGAGAUACGUGCAUUAAUUACUACAAUUGUUCGCUACAAGAAGCAGAUGAAUCAAUGGCUUGCUGCUUCUCAUGCAAUGAACUCUGUUUUAAAGGAGAUUGGAGACUUUGAGAACUGGAUGAAGAUCAUGGACUUCGAUUGCAAAAACAUCAACACUGCGAUUCGAAAUAUCUAUCAGUUGUGACUGCGUUGUCGUUGCGUUACCUUAUAUAAAAUUUCUCCAGGCACGGUUUUGUACCAAAUAAUCUUAUUAUGUAUAUACAGAUGAAUCGUCAGCAGCGUAUAUUGUGUCUCAGGGGGCUAAUUGCAGUACAGGUAAACUAUUGACCCUACAAAGUGAAAAUUUAAAGCGUGUUUGGAUUGCAGAAGUAUACAUCUUCUCUAUUUUAGCUUUAUGUAGUCUAAACAAUUAACGCUUUUAGUUUAAUGACUUCUGUGUU